GUGACAGCCGCACUUGUGUUUUGUUCGCCAGCUGUGUCCCCGCCCCCUCACGUGUCUGUAUUUAGACUCCGCCUCCCCCAAUGACACUGACACCCAAACACUCGGCCAAAGCCGCCUCACCCCGGGAUGGAACAGCAGUCAUCUUUCCAACUGGAAGUAAAGUGGAAACAAUUGUAUCAACGUAUGGCAAGAAUGUAACGCUUCCAGUCCCUUACUGCCAGCUAAUUAGAGAGACAGCCAGAUCACAACAAUGUACGACAAUGGAUACUGUUGCUUAAUGGAUUUCCUGUAUUAAAGAUGUUCCGAGGCCCAAGGCUGCAGAUAUGACAGAUACUCAGAUCCCUGCGAAUGCCGCAUCUGGACCCCCUGAUCCGUUUUCACUUCCCGAGUCCCUGAAUUUUAGCAUUGCCAUCAUAGGACCCCAGGGGUCAGGAAAGAGUACACUGGCCCGGGCUUUGAGCCACCAAACUGAGCAGUUUAGCAAUGGAUUCCUGGAGUCAUACUUUAAAGGAGAAGAAGGGUCUCAUGAGGUUUCCAAGUAUCCUUAUCCCCCUCUCCCCAAUGUCACACUCCUUGACUACCCUGGCUACAAGGCUACAGACUCACUAGCCUCUUACCUAGAUGGGAUUAAGCUAGACACUGUGCAGUACCUUCUGGUGACUGUAGGGGGAGCUGUAUCUGACACUGACCUGCAACUCUUAGGAACACUCAAGCAGAAGGGGAAGCAGCACUGUAUGGUCCAGACUCACACAGACUUACUUUUGCACACAGAGAAGAGAAGGCAGGGGAAGAGUUACUGGAGAGGGCAGACACUGCAGGGAAUGAGGAGCAGAGUGGAGGAACAUCUAGGGGGAGCUGGGCUACAAGGAUGCAGGGCAUUCCUUCUCUCUGCCCUCGAACCUCAAAGCUUUGAUUUUCCGGCCAUGAUGGAUUAUAUGGAGGGAGAAAUCCUGCGGUGGCCAAGAUCAGUUGAAAACAACAUAGAGAACCAAUGCCAGGAGCUGGUGUCUGUAUUUGCAAUGCCGUGUGAUCAAGAAGGGCUGGUGGAAUUCCCACCCUAUCUCAGCAUCUUGUUAGACAUACCUCCCCCUGUACCUGCUAUUGUGGGUGUGGCAGGCAGCAAUAAAGAGACCAUUGUCCAUGGUCUUUCUGAUCCUCCGAUGUCAGGACUUUUGAUAAAAGCCCUACCAGGGCCCAGCAGUCCACCGCUGCCUGUUGAUCAGUAUCUGCAAAACUUACAGCUAGAAUCAUGUGAUGUCUAUCUGAUUGUAGAGUCUGGGCUGGACAAUAGCUUCCGUGCCACCUUGGUGGAGGCAUUGGUAGCGGCUGGCAAGCAUUGUAUGCUGAUUGGUGGAGACGGAAACCACAUCGGUGGAGGGAAGGAACCUGGGCAUGAUGAUGAAGAAAAGCGAGCAUAUCAAGGUGCCACUGAUUUGCGAGGGCUAAAGGUUGCUUUAGAAAAAGGGGCUUCUCAGUUGAUAAGAGAGAGACUAUUGCAUUGUCUUCCAUCUAUAGUAGCUCAGUUGGUGAGGAGAGAGCAGAGGAGGAUUAUGAUGGGGGUACAUAACCUAUGUCUGGAUGUAUGCACUAAGGCAUUUUAUGGGCAAAUUCCACAAGCCCUCUCCUCACUUUCUGCAGCUCUGUCCUCUUUCCGUUCUCGGUUUGGUCUGGACGAAGAUUCCAUUUCACGAAUAGCUCAAGUAACUGGGUGCUCUGCUGAGGAUUUACACUCUGAAAUCCACUGCCCCCUGACAGUGCCCCAGAGCACAGAGCAGUUGCAGCAAAUGGUGUCUCAGCCUCUGUCACUAUCUGAAUUAGUCUGGAGUUACAUCCCGGUCUGGGGUGGGACAGAGACAGCACCCAUCUUUUCUCCAGAGCGCACUUAUAGGCUGCUAGUUGAGAGUGUAUUUGGAAUGGCACAAGAUGCAGAGAGAGUGCUGCUCCGGGGUUGCACCAAGCAAAAAGGGACUAAAGAGAGUGCUGUCACCUGUCGCUGGCCCUGUAUUUGAAGAUCUAAUGUUACAAGAGCAACCUGCUUCUCCUUACCCUUGCCUGAGCUGAAUAACAUAGAGCCCAAUGCUUCUUGGUCUUAUCUUCUGAGCAUGCAACUUGGCAAAAUAAGGAAACUGCCAUCGAGUUUCCUGGCACCACUUUUGCAAAUAUAUGUCUAUUUAAACAUAUCUUGCCUAAGUAGCUAAAAAUUAGGCUAGAGGUUCUACGUGCGUUUCACAAAGCUGAUAAUAUAUUAAGAUAUUUAAAGAUUUGAAGAUGGCCUGAAGACCUGACUGGCUCCCAUUCCUAACCCUAUCCCCUCGAUCCAACUGUCCCAUUAUAUGGCAAGUCUUGCAUUUCUGGAAACUCAUAAUAUAUAAAGAUAAUUAACACUGAAGUGCAAUACCAUGUCCUGAAGACCUGCUUGGCUCCCAUACUUAGCCCCAUCCCUUCCACCCAACUGUCCCAUCACAUGGCAAGUCUUGCAUUUCUGGAAGAUAUUUGAAGAUGGCCUGAAGACCUGCCUGGCUCCCAUACCUAACCCUAUCCCAUCCAACUGCCCCAUCACAUAGUAAGUCUUGGGCUCAAGGUGCAGAGUUACAAUAAAUGAGUUUGUAAUGAAAUUCAGAAGAAGCUGAAGACAAAAGUGGUUUAAAUGCAGUAGGUGACACUUAUUCACCAACGGCUUCCGCUCUAAAGAGAAGAAGUGACUUGUCACACACUUGAUGGCAGACAGCUAUGAAGUAAUAUGUAUGGGGCCUAUGUUUGGAUAUAUGAAUGUGAUAUAUCUUUUCCAAUAUAUGGUGCCUACCAUUUAUAACUUUAGUAUUUUCCAAUGAUAGAUGUACACAAUAAUUUACAUAUUUCUUCGUUCCUGCCUACUUAAAAGGAUUGUAGUAAUCCUUAGUUAGGUAGUAGACGUCCUGAGUUUUUAUGACCUAAACUCUAGUUUCUACCUACUUCAAAGGAAUACCCAUCCUGUAGUCUAAUCGAAUGCACAAUAAGUUAGGUCCAUCCAGGAUGCUUUGAUUCCUAAUUAUAUAUAGCAGGUGUGUGGUCUGACAACAACAUACCCUGAGAAACCAUCUGGAGAGGGUCUUUUACAUUUUAAAGAGGAACUGUUUGUACAGUUGUUAUUGGUCAAAAAAGAACAUCAAAAGAAAUGAGCUGGUUUAACUAAAACAAUAAGAUACCUGUUUAACUUGUCGUCAGCCAAUCAGAACCAUUUCCCAUUUUGGUCAAUGGGAUAGAAACAGUAUAACAAUGGAGCUGGUUUUGGCAGAUUUUGAAACGAAGGAAGAGAGAGAGAGAGAGAGAGAGAAAGAAGGUAGUAGAAGGAAGUGCAUAGGGAAAAGCUCUUUUGUAGAUUAUACCCUAUACAUAUAACUUGUGGGCACAUUUUGAAAGACCUCUGUAUCAUUUGCUGUCUCUGGGCUGGAUAUUCUCAAGAAAUCGUUUCAUCUCUGGGAACCUCGGUUGCAUCCUUUUACCUUGCUGUUGUAAAUUGCAACAAUUACGGAUACAUACGUCUCUAAACUUACACAACAAGCAAUAUCUGUGUGGCAGUGCCAGGACAGCAAGCUGGAGACACAUGAAGGAAACAUGGUUCUGUGAUGGCUGACCGACAAGACUUCCCUACAUUAUAAUCCUAAUUUAUUAGAUUAGGGAUCGGAUUUCUUGCUUUCCUGCUGCUGAAUAAAUCCAGUGCAUACUCCAGGUUGUGGGAGGCUGUCACAUGUACCAACAGUUUGUGCAUGAUACACAACAAAAGUUGAUGCCCAAAUUACUAACGGAGCACUCACUAGCACCACCUCUGGCUGAUGUGAGGAGCAUAUGUCUGUUACAAGAGAAAUGUGUUUACAGGGGCGUAACUAUAGAGGAAGCAGACCCUGCGGUUGCAGGGGGGCCCAGGAGUGUAGGGGCCCCAGUGAGACCCUAAUUAAUUAGCAAUUUUAAUAUAUCUUGGUAAAACAGGCCAACUUAUAAAUAUUUUGGGGCCCUAAAUUGAAUUUGCUAUGGGGCCCAGUAAAAACUAGUUACGCCACUGUGUGUUUAUAUGCUUUGUGUUGCACAUGUCAUAGUGCUAAUAAAUAACCCUUUUGUUUCCA